CAACAGCUGGAGGCACCCUGGUUGGGAAAAACACUGUUGUAGACAACUCUGGGACGUGCAGUCAGGAAGGAGUUAAUGCGAUCAGAUGCACGGAGCAGCAGAGGGAGGGGGAGUAAUACUGUUUGUGUGUUCAGGAAGCAAACAAUAAGGUGCGCUGCCGCUUUAAAUGCUGAGGGCUGUGCAGAGCUCAGCCGGAUCUGGAGCUCUGUGAUCAGUAGCUGGUGGCUCAGCCCUUGGUGAGGCUGCUUCAUUCUGGCACAACCCACAGUAGAGACGCCAGGGCACGGCAUGAUCCAUCCAUGGUGCCUCCUCAGCUAGUAUCUGAAGACACCUUGGCUGGCGGAGGUGGGAGAGGAGCUGGUGCCUUGCGUUGCUGCCUGGGAAAUGGGCAACCAGGUGGAGAAACUGACUCACCUAAGUUAUAAAGAAGUCCCGACUGCGGAUCCGACAGGUGUGGACAAGGAUGACGGACCCAGGAUAGGAGUCUCCUACAUCUUCUCGGCUGACGACGAUGACUUGGAGGAGCCCGCGCAUGACCCCAACAAGCAAGGAUCUCUCCAGGAGGAUCUGCAGUACGAUCACUGCAAUGAGGUGGAGUGUUCGGUCUAUUAUAGGGAUGAAUUUAUCUACGAGAAGGGGUUCGGGGCUGGGGACCAGAUGAGCACUUACUCCCCUGAGAACCUACUAAAUAAAUGCAAGCCUGGGGACCUGGUGGAGUUUGUCGCCAAGAACCAGUAUCCCCACUGGGUGGUGUACGUGGGUGACUUUCAGGUGGUACAUUUAUUCAGACUGGAAAUCAAAAACAGCUUUAUGACUGACGCCAGCCAAGGCCGGAGGGGCAGGAUUGUCAACGACCAAUAUAAGUUCAAACCCCUGAGUCCCGAGAUGGUGGUCCAGAAUGCCAUGGAGCAGGUAGGGGCCAAAGACCAGGAGCUGAGCUGGAGGAACUCUGAGUGCUUUGCCGCUUGGUGUAAAUACGGAAAGAGGGAGUUCAAAAUCGGCGGCGAGAUCAGGAUAGGCAAACAACCCUACAGGUUAAAGAUCCAGCUGUCCGAAAAGAAGAGCCACACGUUGGAAUUUCAAAGCCUGGAAGAUCUGAUCAUGGAGCGGAGGAGGAACGAUCAGAUCGGGAAGGCGGCGGUCCUCCUGGAACUCUCCAACCACCUCCACGCUGAAGAUGAGGUCAGGACUGAUCACAAUGCCAACUGAUGGAUUAAAACUGAAGGCUGCGAAAUUGAGAUGUUAUAAGUCCCUUCGGGCCGAUUUUUCAAUGCAGUUUUAUUCAAAUGGCUUGUGAAAGGAAAAGCUGAUUAGUUCUGCUUCGGCGUUAACCCUUUCACCGCCGCCGGCUCCUCUGCGCCCCCCCUCUCUAUGGUUUACUGCAGAGACCCAUGUUUUUUCUUCCUUUUUAAGAUCUGGAGCCCUUGGGGUGAAACUGUUUGAUCACGUGACGCACAAAAGCACUAUGCAUCAAGUCUGGUAAAGGAAGGGUUACUUCCUUCUGGUCGAACGGAAUGAAUAUUAUUUGUGACCUAAUCACUUUUGCUAAUCACUGAACCGCACUUCUUAUUUUGCAUUACUAAAACCAAAUAUUAGCACAGUAAAUUAAAAAAAAAAAAAAAUUCUUAGUUUUUUUUUUGUUUUUAUUUAUUUCCUUAAUUUUUAAAUUUUUAUUAAUCUUUUUUAAUUUAAUUUUAUUUAAUUUAAUUUUUUUAUUUAUUUAAUUUAUAUAUUUUAGUCUAACAUUAA